AUGGACGGCCCUGUCGAAGAAAGAACCCCUUCCCAGCGGCAAACCCUGCGGCAAGACGGCCACCGGCUCCGUCGACAACAUCGAUCAAUGGAAAACGUAACAGAUGAUCCUGCUCUCGAGAUUGCAAUGGCUAGAUCUCGGCUUCGCUCCAUUGCUCCGAAAGAACAAGCUGUUUCGGAAGAGCCAUCACGCGGCCGCUCGUACACCUUGGACGAGCUGAAUAUUAUGCUGGAUGACGCCAUCAAAGAUAGCUCUCCCAAACCUGAUGUCUCUUCCGAUGAGCAGCCUGCCACUCUCGCACCGAAACCCGGUUUCGUUCUCCGUCGAGCUUCUACCCGACAAGAUCGCCGUCCGUCGCGAUCUCGUGCGUGGCAAUCCCGGAGCAGCACCGAAUCUGUUGUGCCCCGGAGCAGCGAGGAAUCAACGAGAGUAGAGUACGAGGGGGAGGAGAAGACGCAACAGCAAGACAUGGGCGGCAAAGAAACUGACAAGCCAGAGUCCCCUGCUGCUGAUCCGCGGCUGAAACCUCGUGCCGACCCAACCAGUGAAUUGAGUCCUGUAAAGCAGAGAGCUGCCAUGUUUGAAAGCCUCAGCAAAAAGACGACAGGCCAUGAACGAGUUUGUCAGCAUUUUGGGCACGAGCGUGAUUCAUCUCAUCAGCAUCAGCAUCACCACCCUCCGCGUAAGGAGACAAAAAAGAUCCACCGAAUCAAAUUUGGAGACACGAUUGAGGAAAGACCAGGCACACCCUUGAUUCCCUUGACCCUGCCAACACUCGUCACACAAGAGAAGACCAGCAGGCCUCCAAGUACACUGCAAAAGGAACAUGUUGACGUUGAACAUCCUGUGCAUGUUGAAGAAGAGGCCAUAAGUGACGACGUUUUCAAGGAGGAGAGGAAGCCUUCAUUAGCUUGGCCUUUCAGAUGGAGCAUUUUUAACAAGGGAAAUUCUGCGCCACCUCAGGAGACCGACACCCCUUCUUGUGAUGCAGAUGCAAAGGACGAACAUUAUCCGAAAACUCGACACAAUAUUGUUCGAAGCAAAGUUCAGGAGAUACUGCAAGCCGCGAACGAGAAAGACGAUGCAGAGCAGCGACGCAGGGACGCAGAGAGGGAACGUCUCAGUCGAAGACCGACUCGAGCUCAACUACCACGAAGGCAGGCUGAAGCAAGGCGUGACGAGACGAAACAGGAGAAGACAGCUGAACCGACGCCAGUGGAGGCUCCAAGGAUGGAGAUGUUCCGAUGUCUGAAAUUCCCUGCGGAGACCGGCGACAACAAGCCAGGCCCCAGGACUCCUCUUCAGCGUGCCAUGUCAGAGAAACAGGUACUGGCACCACCCACACGGGCUGGUCCGGACAGCGAGUCAGGAGCAAGCCCACAGAAACCUGCUCCUCUCACUCCCAUUCGGGGAAGAUCCAUCUCUGCUCAUCGGUCUUCGCUUGGGAGACAGAAAACCUCUGUACAGCAACAGUUCAAUCUCAGUCCUGGGCCAAGCCGCAGUGGCUCUAAACAGCGUCAGGGCGUAAAAGUCGAGGUAGAGAUUCGUGAUAGCCCGGAGCGCGAGGCGCGGGAGAGGGGUGACAAGAUUGUCAUCGUCAGAGCAGAUGUUUCAGAGAUGGACGACGAGGGGAGAUGA